AUGCGAACGUGGGCAAACAUCUCACGUCAAACGAGAGAGACAUCGUCACCGAUUUUCCGUUUGCUCGCAGACGCGGUUCGUGUGCUUGCGCUCGCAUACGUGACAAGUUGCUAUGAAUACAUAACAUAUCGAUCGGGGACCUACGAAAAGGAGAUGAAUUGGGACACAGAACCAAAACCGACCUCCGGUCGUAUAUUUCGAUCAUUUGGUCAAGAUUUGGAAUCGGUAGUGUUUGCUGUGGUGGCGUUUCUUUCUGGAGGUGUUGUUCUAUUUAUAGGAUGUUUUAUUGUAACAAAAUGCUUCCAAUUCUACAAGGAAAGAGUGCGAAGGAAGCGACGACGUGCAAUGGGAGUUGACGACGAUGAACUUAACGAUGCGGUAUUAAGUGGCGCAUUCGAUACGGAAGUUUGUGAAGAGGAAGAGAGUAGACUCGUUAGUAUUUAA